AUGGCUGCUCCAGCUGAAAAGACCAUCACCGACCUCAACGGUAAAUGGCUUCUCAACAAGACGCUCUCCGAUAGCUCCGAGCCCAUCCUCGCGCUCCAGGGCAUCGGCUACCUCACGCGCAAGGGCAUCAACAUUGCCACCAUCACCCUCGACAUCAACCAGUACACGGCCCCGCCCAAGCCGCCCAACACGUCGACCGACCUCUUCACCCACGUCGACAUUGUGCAGUCGGCGUCGGGCCUGACGAGCACCAAGGAGAACCGCUGCCUCGACGAGACGUUCCGUGAGCACUCGGACUGGCUGUUUGGCAACGUCAAGGGCAGCUCCAAGUUUGUCACGCUCGACGAGAUCGACGACGACUUCCUCAAGCAGGGCUGGCUGCCCGACCAGCCCAAGUUCAUCCGCAGCUACGUCGAGAGCCAGGGCAACGGCUGGAUCGCCACCCAGAUCUGGGGCUUUGAGGAGAUCAAGGGCGAGAGGAGGUACGUGAGGCAUGUGCUGGUGACCAAGGGCAGCGAGAGGGUCACGGCCAAGCUCGUGUACGACUACCAACAGGAGUAA